AUGCUGUUCAAAGUCUCUACUUUCCUUGUCGCUGCAUUUGCAGUUCCGGCCUUCGUGGUUGGAGCUCCUAUUGCAUCCGGUGAUAUUGAGGCCACUGGCAACUCCGAGGCCAGCACCAACUCUGCUUAUGUCCACGGCAGCUACGGGUUUGAUGAGAAGAAGAAGCGGGAAGAAGCCAGCACCAACGACGCUAGCGCCAACUCUGCCUACGUUCAUGGCAGCUACGGCUUCGAUGAAAAGCGCGACGUGGCUAGCACCAAUGAUGCUAGCACCAACUCUGCUUAUGUCCACGGCAGCUACGGGUUUGAUGAGAAGAAGCGCGACGAGGCCAGCACCCACGAGGCCAGCGCCAACUCUGCCUAUGUUCACGGCAGCUACGGCUUCGAUGAGUAG